CUCAGAAGGAAUGUCGAUGGAAUCGUAACUAGUUCAUUAUGCAUUCAUUGACAGGAAUGGGUAUAAGUAAUGUUCCAGCAUUUCUUACCAAGUUAUGGCAGUUGGUGGAGGAUACAUCUACCGACGAAAUGAUAGCAUGGGACGUGAGUGGUCAGAGUUUCCAUGUGUAUGACCAGGCUAGAUUUGCAAAGGAGGUCCUGCCCCUCUACUUCAAACACAAGAACAUGGCCAGCUUCGUCAGACAGCUAAAUAUGUAUGGUUUCCGGAAGGUUGUCACCAUAUCAUCAGGGGCGAUCAACUCUGAGAAUGAAGAUGUUGAGUUCCAUCAUCCAUACUUCAUUCGUGGAGAGGAACAUUUACUGGAAGUCAUCAAGCGAAAACCCAGCGUAAAUACUGCUGGAGUAACGAGUACUAAUGUGAAGACAGAGCCCGGUCUGACGCUGAACCAGCAAGAUGUUACCCGCGUAUUGAAUGACGUCCAGCUUAUGAAGGGCAAACAGGAUGGCAUGUCAGCAAAGAUGGAUAAAAUGAAAAAAGAAAAUGAAGCGCUAUGGAGGGAAGUGGCCAAUCUAAGACAGAAGCACAUUAAACAGCAGCAGAUUGUCAACAAGCUCAUUCAGUUCAUGGUACAUCUCGUCGGUGGAAACUCGGGAAUGGCGGGUGCCGGAGUACAGAAGCGUAAAAUGCCUCUGAUGAUCAAUGACGCAAGCCAAGUGGUGCCGUCAAAACGUACACGUUACAACAAGCAGCUGUCCAUUGAAGACCCGCAGUAUAUGGUCAACACGUCCGAGGAUGUGUUUCAGAUUGAUGGAGGCCUCAAUUCCCCUGCCAUGGGCCCCGUAAUACAGGAAGUGGUGGAUGUAGUGGACACGCCCUCCUCUUCUACAGUCUCGCUAUUUACCCCUGGCGGGGCCCCAGCAUACUCCUCUGUCCCCCUGCUGACCCAGAUUGAGGCUAGUCCCUCAUCAUCAUUUGUAGACUCCCCGCUUGAUAUGGCUGUCACUUAUAAGGAAAAGCAGGAUGAUAUGGGAGCAAGUUAUAACAGUGAGGACCUGAGUAACCUGUUACAGGUAGUGGACCCUUCCACUUCUGCCCCUACAAUGGAAGAUUCCAACUCUCAGUCCAGUUUCCUUGACAAAUAUUUAAAAGAUCACCCACUAUCAGAGAAGUCUCUGAGACCCACAACCAAUAUGGAUGACUUGGGUAACCAGGUGGAGCGUGUACAGGACGACCUGGAAAGCCUUAAAGAUCUCCUAAGUGGUUCACAGUAUAACUUUGAUACAAACACACUCUUCAAUCUCUUUGGAAAUGACAAUGUUCCUAUUUCUAUCGAAAAUCUACUUGGCGAUCUUAGCAGCACGGAUACCCAGAGCUUUAUCCCGUCUGCAACCGAGACGAAUCCUAACAACAUUACGGGCAAAGAGAUGGAGUUGUUACCAUAUCGGUCAGCAGAACUUGCGUUGCUGCCCUCAUGGAAAUUACGUAGUGAAUUGGUUCAGUUCCGGCCAUCCGAGAAUUACUUGCCGCCAGUUCCCGACCUGUCUGAGAUAAUCGAAGAAGAUUCCACAGAGCCCCUUACGCUCCCUCUUUUGUCGCCCGCGAGUCACAUUGACACUCCAGAUGUCUUGGAGGAGAUUGACCCCAUGUCGUUUAUUAAUCAAAAUCCAACAAAGAAUGACCAUGAUUAUACUGUGGAUUGAAAUUUGUUUGGAUUUGAAGUUGGAAAGCUAGGUGUAGUUAUGUCAAACAUGUAUGGACACUCCAUGGGGAUGUCACUUUUGGUUUGAAUACUCCAAUUAGACCUCUGCUAAAGAUGUUCAAAUAUAAAGAUGGCUAUGACUGUAUUGGCAAUUUUUAAAGGGACUUGUUCAUGUUUUAUUGUAAAGGGAUUCAUUCAUGCUGAAGUCAGACAUACAAAAAUAAUUUUUUGUCUGAAAUGUGAACAAAAUCUUGCUUGGAUGAUAAAACUUCAAGAAAAGUUCAAAUUCGAGGUCUAUUGUUAGUAGAUAUUUUAUAAUAUGACCGAAAAUGGUCUAGUUUGCCAAAAAGUGUCAGUAACAAUAUUAAAGUGUGAAUGAUUUUAUGCUUUGUUUAAAUGAGUAUAUUUCUGUUGCUUGUUGAUAGGGCAUGAAUUCUGUGAAUGAGUUGGUAAGUUUCUAUGGAAAUGUAGAAGUAUUUCCUGGGGUAAAGACCUUGAAGAUGUUUUUUCGAAAGGCAAUAAAUAUUUUUGUUGUUCUUUUUUUUGUCAGAUUCUUUUCAUUGGAUAUUUAACAUAGAUUUUUUUCGAUAUUGUUUAUUUUUUACAUGUACAAGUUUUGUUGUGCUAUAUUUUGUAGAUGGUAUUUCCUGAGCCGAAAUUAAUAAAUAUUUUGUUUGGUGCAACCCGUCUGUUUCGCAAAAAUACCCGUGACCCGAAAGCUUUUUAACCUCUGCAGUGGCCAUACUUUUUUUAUAUUUCAUAAAGUGACACUAUUAUUCAAAAUCAAAACAUACGAAUGCAUAACAAACAUAAAUUUUGAGUGAUAAACCUUUACUACUUACUUUAUAAUGCAUUUAUGGAAAAUUUUAAUUAAUGAUAACAAGAUUGUUACCGUGUAUUUAAUAGCUGAAAGUGCUAAAAUGUUAAAUGAUUGGUGAACGCUAAAAGAUCUACUACGAUCUUCUAUUGUCUCAUAAGGUAGAAAUACAGUGUUUGCUUCACCUUUCUUUCAAAUUAAACUCGGUAUCAUUCAUAAGAACCAUUCUUUUGAACAGUUAUUCUUCCUUUUUGGUAUAUUAAAACAAUUGUAUUAAUUGUGGUAAAUCUUAUUCAGGAGAAUGAGUGCAUCUUUAAGGGAAAAGGAAGUAAAAAAACAACAACAAACCUUCCUACCCGUACCCAUGCCUUAAGACGUAGGCCAGGUUAUGCCAAUCAAAGUAUUGACAAAUUGUGGCUGUAUUUCAGAUUUAAUUUAGUGAUGAUUUUAUUCUUAUUACAUGUUUUGAACAGUAUGCCUUUGUUUUCCAUUCAGUUGAAUGUUGUUUUGAUAUAGAGAAAUCCUAGGUGACCGUUAACUUUGAAAACAUUGAGAUUUGAUCAUUGUUAGUUCAUUAGAUCUGUACAAAUCUAAGCUAAGGCUACAAUUAAUAACAAGUUUGUGUGUCCUUACCUGACCGACUCGCACAAAUAUCUAGUUAUUUUUGGCUUCUCAGGUGGUAAUGAUUUUUCUUUCACUUUAUAAUCUUCUUUUCUUCAAAAAUGUUGUUCUUCUUUCAUUUAUAAAGAGAUAAAAGAAAAACACAAAAAACUACCUACCUCAUUUUGCUACCUAAUUUCAUACACCUCCGAAUGUGGGUCGGGCUAGGCCAAGCAAACUUUUAAUUAACUUUUUACCUAGGCUAAGGGCUGUUUUAUGCAUGUAAUAAAUUACUUUACAUACGUCAAAGAAUUACUAUAUUGUUUAAGUAUUCAUUGUUAUGGAUUGUCGUUCAUCAAUUGAUGUUACUAGUUUCCAGUGUAUUAAUUUUUCACUUAUUAAACUAUGUUUAUGUCAUUUCACCCUAAUAAUUUAACUUUGUACAGGAAAAUGACUAAAUUGUGGACAAUUUUUAAUCUUGGUGUAAGAUCAUAAUUUAUUUCACUGAGUGUUAAUAGAUAGCAAUAUUUCACAUGUGAUGAAGCCUUAGUUUUCUGUGAUCACGAGUGAAAUCAAGUUUGAUUUUACAGUGCAAUUCGACAAGUUUUCUGUUUCUGAAAUGGCGAAAUGUAAAUGUAAUUGGAGUUGCUUUGGAAUCACUUAUGAAACAUAACUUCCUGAUGUCAUUUUGGUAACGUCAUUUCAAAUAUUUUCAACCCGGCACAGUGAGUGAAUGCAUGUUACAUUGGUUCAACAAAAUGUAAAACCAAAAUCAAUAAAAGCAGUGAUAAUGUGAAAUAGAUAUUUUCACUAAUGUGUAACGUUAUAAAAGUAUCUUACAUUUACUUCCAUUGAAAACAAAGCGUUACGGAACUUGCCAGGGCUUAUUUGAUAAUUUUUCAUGAACUUGUUUCAUAAUUUUUUGUAUUGAAUGGCAACUCAUGUUAAAUGACUUGCAUUGCACGAUUUAUGGCCUUCGGACAUAUACAAUAAAAUAUUGAUAAUUUUUUUAUUUUUUUUUUCAAGGUAUUUUAGAUUUAUUCCUAACUUUCAGCUCUCCCUAAUAUGUCUGCAUUUGUAAGUGUAUGCUUCAAACAGCUCAAAUCUUGAAAUCUACUAAAAUGAACCAUCAAGCUUUUCUUUAUAUAUGUUCAUAUUGCCUCCUUGUUAGGAUCAAACUAAAACUAUGAGCAAGUUAGGUGACUCAUACAUUAUUUAUUCCAUGGACAUAUCUUUGCAACAGACAUAUAAAAUGUGUCUGUGUUUGUUGUGGCAUCAUGUGUGUGAUGUUAAAUUCAGUAUACAAAAUGCGCAAUGCAUAGUCUUACUUGUAAACAUGUUUCUUAGAAAAUUCUAGGGAUAUCAUCAUGAUGUUUUCAGUAUUGCUUCCUGAAAUGUCAUUUAAUAAAAAGAAAAUGUAUGUCCGAAGGCCCGAAAUUGUGCGAUGCUGCUGAAAUCAUAUCUAUCGAAUACUGGUUCAUGUAAAUAAAUAUGCCUGCUUUCAUGUUUUCUUUUAUCAUAUUGUAAUAAUUAUUAUUAAUAAUGCUAUACAUGGAGAUUUUGAAACUUACAUUUUUGGAAGAAUAUUUUAACAUACACAGUGAGGUCAUCAUAGGAACUAGCAUAAAACAAAAUAUCAAGAAUAUUAGUAGAGGGUGUAGGUAUAGGUUUCAUGUCACCCAAGAGGUUGUCUGUUCGAUCACUACUAGGGGUACCUUCUUAUGGCCUUUCAAAAUGGACACCAGUACUGGUUUUAACACUGGAAACACACUCAAGAGUUACUUUAUAAGCUGACAUCUUUCGCCAGAAUCGAGCUGUAAAGAAAUAGAAUUAACUGAAAAUGUUAGUUGAAGAUUAUGCUAAGGUUCUUAACAUAAUUUUUUAGAAAUUGCCUGUUGUUAAUUUUCUUACUUAUUUUGUGUCUGGAAAAGACUUUGAGGUAUUUACUUAAAAUUCAAUUAAAGAUUUAUCCUAUUUAUCACAAGUGCAGCGCACAAGAACCACGACUCUGGGUGCAGUACUUAUGUCCAUUGUUUAAUUGUGCUCCUAUGACGUAAGGCGAAGUUGGUACUGUUCUUAAUUCAGUGGUUGAUAUGGCAGUCUGUGACUGUUGUUAUUAGAUAUUGUAUUGAAUAUAGUACUGAAUAAUGGUAUACACAUCAAGCAGUGUCUGGGCAGUGUUUUGUUUAUAAUGUCAUUGUAACAGAUCAAGCACAACUCUAGUGAAUGGUUCCUCAACUUUCCGUAACCCGUUUAUAGGAUUAAAGCAGAUUAAACCGAUUGUAAUUUUACCGUUAGCCUUUGAAGUAUAAACCUAGAUUGGGGACAAAACAACUGAGCACCUGUCCAUUAAACCUUCAGGAUCAAACAUGUGGGCUUAUUUCAUGCUUCAUUUAUCUUUAUGACGUGUGCAUAUAGAAUGGAGUUCUAUCACGAAAUAUUCUGCCGAGUCACAUGUUGUAUCAAUGUGUUUCUGACUUUGACUGGAAUCAUUGUUCAUAAUUACAAUCAUGUGGAGCUUGAAAAAAAUGAGCAAAUGCUUGUUAUAACUUAAUAGCAAAUGUUGAGAAGUUGACAUGGAUUACAUAAUCAAUAUUUUAUUGAGUUGUUUAUGUAUAUUGAUAAUGCUGUCUAACAUUGCAUAUUAUAAUCCGCUGCAAAAAAAAAAAAUAUAUAUAUAUAAAAAUGCAACAUUUGUAUUCCAUAUUUGAGUGAACUUUCUGUGAUUGUUGAAAAUAAAUUUACUG